AUGGGCUCCGGCCAAGAUGUUCCUACCUUUUUUAAAGGAAUGGAACACAUUUCCAAAAUCUUAGGUCCAGCCUCAAAGGCUUCAAUUCCCGACAUCAUAGCCAUGGUUAUUAUUGGGAUUGUUGCGUCGAUAUACCUAUCGAGAGGCAUCUUCUGGGACAAGCCGGAUCCUUACUCUUAUACGCUUUUCGAGAGACCACAACAGCAAGAAGGAGCCGGGAAUGCGAAGGCUAUGUCCGACGCUCAAAAGCGCGACGAACGAAACAUCGCUAAAAAGAUGACAGAAGCAGGCAAGACUCUUGUCAUAUUCUGGGGAUCUCAGUCGGGCACGGCGGAAAGACUGGCAACUCAACUCGCAAAGGAAUGUCAAUUGAGAUUCGGUGUUGGCACGAUUUGCGCGGAUCUUUCUGACUAUGACCCGGAAUCGAUUUCUGACCUGAGCAGUAACCAUAUUGCUAUUUUCAUUUUGUCGACCUACGGAGAGGGCGAUCCGAGUGACAAUGCUACUGGCCUCUGGGAUUGGAUGCAAAGCACUACUGCCACUCCGACCAGUAGUUCGGACACAGGGCCACGGCUAGCAAAUCUUCGCUAUGGUGCCUUUGGUCUUGGAAACAGCAACUACAAAAACUACAACCGGGUCAUCGACGUAACAGUUGACUUUCUCGAUAACUCUGGCGCGAAAUCAUUCAUUACGGUAGGAAAAGCCGACGAUGCAGAGAGAUCUACCGAGGAAGACUUCCUGUCGUGGAAAGAUAGCCUUUUCUCCGCGUUUCGUACCGAUUUCCAGUAUAUCGAAAAAGCGGUCGAGUUUCAACCAACAAUAGCUGUGAUCGAGGACGAGUCUCUUGAGCCUAUCGACCUACAUCAUGGAGAGCCUACGCAUCCAGCAGAUAAUAACAAAAAAGGAGCGGCGGCUUGUUCUCGGAUUCAAACACUAGGCAUCAAGAACGCAAGAGAGCUUUUCAUUUCAACGGAUCGUCACUGUGUUCAUAUGGAACUCGACCUGUCCGAAUUUCCGGAGAUGAAUUACAAGACAGGAGACCACCUAGCACUUUGGCCCUCUAGUCCCAAUAACGAGGUUGAAUUGCUUAUCCGAUCACUCGGCCUUCAAAACAAGCUGGAUACUCCGUUACUUCUCAGGUCUCUUGACCCAAGUAACAUCAAGAUAGAGCUUCCAAGCCCGACGACAAUUCGAGCUCUCUUCACCCGCUACCUGGAAAUUGGUGCACCAGUAUCUAGAAGCACUAUCGAGGGACUUGCCCAAUUUGCCCCAAAUCCUGAAGCAAAGGCCUUUAUUCUCAAGCUUGGUCAAGAUAAACUGGAAUAUUCAACUUACCUCACCCACACACACGUUACUUUGGGACGCCUUCUCAUCCUUGCAGGCAACGCAACUUCGAGUUGGUCAAAGCUGCCACUUGAAUUCGUGAUUGAGUCGUUGCCUCGUAUGCAACCACGAUAUUACUCAAUUUCUUCCAGCAGUGUUUUGAACCCGCGACGAGUAGCAAUAACAGCUCUCGUAGCAGCGGAUCCAUUACCAAAAAACCCACACGCUGCAAUCAACGGAGUGGCUUCGAAUUACCUGCUAGCUCUCAUGAAAGCGCAAGUUUUGUCACACAGCCCAGCUGUAACAAACACAGGCAUAAUCGCUCCGGAAUACGAUCUUGCAGGUCCGAGUGAUUCAUUGCUACAGGGUCAAAAGCUCUACGCUCACAUCCGGAGAAGCAAAUUUAGACUUCCAACGCAAAGCACGUGCCCGAUUAUUAUGAUUGCAGCGGGAACCGGAAUUGCUCCCUUCCGUGCUUUUAUCGCCGAGCGGGCCAAACUUCACAAUGUAGGAAAACCUGUCGGUCAGAUGCUUCUGUUCUUUGGCUGCCGGAGAUCAGAAGAGGACUUUAUUUAUCAAAAUGAGUUGUUGCAAACACAGAAGGGUCUUGAUAAUGGAAAAGAGAGUCUUUUUAAGAUUAUGACAGCAUUCUCUAGAGAGCAAAAUGGCCAAAAGGUUUACGUGCAGCAACGGGUGAAAGAAUACGGGGCCGAGGUUGUUCGUUUGAUGGAGGAAGAAGGUGCCAAUCUCUACAUUUGUGGCCGCGCUACAAUGGCUAGAGAAGUUAGUGGCACCUUGGGCGAGUUUUUGAUCCAGACAAGGGGAUGGAACGAUAGCCAAGCCCAAAAUUGGACUCAAGAUUUUAGGAAGAGAGGAAAAUGGAGAGAAGACGUUUGGGGAUAG